AUGCUUGCCUUAAUCAAUCGCAUAUUAAACUGGAUCAAGAGCCUGUUUUGGAAGGAGGAGAUGGAACUGACGUUGGUCGGUUUGCAGCAUUCCGGUAAAACUACUUUUGUCAACGUUAUUGCGAGUGGCCAGUUUACCGAAGAUAUGAUUCCAACGGUUGGCUUCAACAUGAGGAAAGUAACCAAAGGCAACGUCACAAUUAAGUUUUGGGACAUUGGAGGCCAACCAAGAUUUCGGACGAUGUGGGAGCGUUACUGCCGCGGAGUGAAUGCUAUAGUAUUUAUGGUCGACUCAGCAGAUCACGAGAAACUCGAAGGUGCGGAAACCGAGUUACACCAGCUUUUAGAGAAACCUCAGCUGGAAGGGAUCCCGGUAUUGGUUCUCGGUAAUAAAAAAGACCUGCCUAACGCAUUGGACGAAAAGCAGUUAAUCGAGAAAUUGAAUCUGGCCGCUAUUCAGAAUAGGGAAAUUUGCUGCUACUCCAUUUCCUGCAAAGAAAAAGACAACAUAGACAUAACUCUCCAGUGGCUUAUACAGCAUUCAAAGUCCGGUGGCAGCAGUGGACACUGA